AUGGCUAUCUACUACACACAGAUACUAAAUUCAGAUAGCAAAAAAAUUCUGGCAGGAAGCUUUUCACUAGCUGGAGACCCGCUGAAACCCAACAAAGAUCUACUCAUAGAACUCAAAAAUGCAAUAUCGAGCCUUCCCUCUCAACACAAGGUAUUUAGUCUUCACUCUACAAAGAAAACAUACUUGUUCUAUUUCAAAGUAGCCCGAGACAUGAUCAUGUCGUCAAUAGUGGAUAGCAGAACCACGGAUAAGUUAAUUACAAGGUAUUUUGGGGAUGUUGAGAAGGAAUAUACUUCCAGAUACAGUGAACUUAGGAGUCCCCAUUAUGAGUUUGACGACAAGCUCAAGUCAAUAACGGAUUCUUUCAACAAGAAAUACAAUAUGCUGUUGGGCGCCGAAGAACUUGAGAACACACACACAGCACUGGUCGAAAAUCUGGAUACGCUGAUUAAUCGUGGAGAGAAUAUUAACAUUCUGAAAGACCUGGCGGAAAAAGUCAACCUUGAAACGCGGGAAAUGUCAAGAAAAGUGAGCCAGAUGAAGCUGAAUGCCCGGAUCGAGCAGUACAAGGUGUAUGGUGCAAUAGCAAUUGCAAUAUUUCUGUUGUUACUUUUAUACUUCCGUAGAUAA